AUGGGAUCUGGGAAGCCUGAAGAGAACACCACUCACAUGGAUGCCUGGCUGUAUAAGGCAGCAGCAGAAGGCAACAUUGAAGUAUUCAAUAAUAACCAGGGGCUUCAGCUUGAGUCGCUAAAGACCCCAAACCAUGACAACGUUCUCCAUCUUAACUUGGCAACCCAGGGGAAUGCUGUCUGGCUUUUUAACAGAGUUCACUCAAUAUUCAAAUUCGUCCCCGCACAAGUUGUAUUCUUCCUCGUAGAUUUUGCAUCAAGACAACAGGCUUUCUAUAUUAUCAUAAAUGUGAUAAAAAGAGAAAAGAGAUUAGAUUUUAUCAAACAAAUUCUCAUUAAGUGUCCACCACUGCUACUUCAAACGAAUGCUAAAGGUCAAACUCCUUUGCACGUUGCAGCAAGGAAUGGGCAUUUGGCUGUUGUGAAACUUCUAAUCAAGUCUUGUGCAAAAGCUAGAGAUGGAGAUUUAGAGAAGCUGGGAACGGAUCAAGUAAAUGCAGUGAGGGAGAUGCUGAGGAUUACGGAUCAGGAAUCCAAAACGGCUUUACAUGAAGCAGCACGGUGUGGCAAUGUUGGUGUGCUGAAAGCAUUGUUGGAGUUUGAAGACCCCGAUUUUCCGUAUUCUGCCAACAAAAAACAGGAGACUCCACUUUACAUAGCAGCUAGGAGAGGAGACGGGGCCGUGCUGAGUAUACUAUUGGAUAAAUCGAAAUCAGCAGCUCAUGGUGGCCCCCACGGUAGAACAGCUUUGCAUGCAGCACUUAUGGCCGGAGAUGCAGAGGCAAUAAAGGUAAUAUUAGAGAAGAAGGGGAAUUUGACAAAGGAAAGAGAUGAAGAUGGGCACACCCCUCUUCAUUAUGCUGCACACUUGGGUUCUAGAUUAUCAGUUGUGGAAGAAGUGUUAAAAAAGGAUGUAUCAGCUGCCUAUAUAGGUGAUAAAAAGAGGGGGAUGACACCCCUUCUUAUGGCAGCCAGGCAAGGCUAUCUUGGAACAGUUUCAAAGAUUCUCUCUUUAUGUCCAGAUUGUUGUGAAAAAGUGGACAACAAAGGUUUGAAUUUACUUCAUUACCUGGUUUUUAGAGACGCUUUCUCUCCAUUAAGCGUUUCUCUUUCCGAGCUUGAUGUAAUUGAGACUCUAUAUGGAUCAUUCAGAAAUCUAAGGGAGUUGGAAUGUGCCCUUGGAAUGACACCUCAAGAAGUUUAUUAUGCACUUCGAUCUAAUAUACAACAUCAGAAACAGAAGCAAAUCAAUGAAUUGUUGGAAGAAACUGAGAAUGAUCAAGUGGCAGAGAAACCAGUUCGUCCCAAUCUCUUGCGAACUAUCUCUGAAGAAAGCUUGGAGAAGACAAGAGAUGCUCCUUUAGUAGUGGCAGCACUUAUAGCCACCAUCGCAUUUGCAGCGGCAAUAACUGUUCCUGGUGGUUUGAAUAGUGAAAAAGGGUUAGAGCAAGGCACUCCCCUUUUGAUUGAUGAGGCAGCCUUUAAAGCAUUUGUUGUAACCAACGCAUUCGCCUUUAUUCUCUCUGUUUCUGCCAUCCUCAUCCACUUUGGGGUUCUGGGCAAUAUGUUAACAGGAUUUACGUUUAGGCAUCAAACAGUUUUAUAUCGAACUAUGUCUGUUUAUGGGAUCCUUUUCUAUGCAACGUUUGCAAUGUUGAUUGCUUUCAGCACAGGCAGUUAUGUGGUCUUAAAACCUUCCCACAGACUUGUCAUUGUUUCAUAUCUCAUCUGCCCUGCCUUUUUACUCUUUUUGUUGCUAAUUUUGAAUCUUACAUCUAUAUCAUAA